GUGAGAUCAGAGCAAUGGGCGACAAACAGCUGAGUACAACCGACAGCGUUGAAAUACUUCGUCCAUUUGACUGCAAAACAACACGCUCUUAGAAAUAACAACACUGCUGCCAGCAAAGAUGGACAUCUGUUGCACACUGUCCAAAAGGUCAAGACAUCACGGUGCAAGGUAGAGGCAAAUGAUUCCUUCAUCAAAUGACAUCAACCCUGGGAGCCACCGCACUUGUUUGGCAAGCGGUAGGUGUUGGCUGUCUCGGGGACGCCAGGCAAAUUCUAAAUUCCAUUAUUCUCCUUCGCCAUAACACUACUGUGGGUGUCUAUGCGAGCGAACACUUCUACAUCAUCGCUUCAUCCAAGGAGUCGUCUACGGAAGUUAAGUGGCUUAAGGAGGAACAGUUACCUUCGUCCCAUGGCUCACACUCGCUUCCAGGAGAAGGGUGCAGACGUGGCCGCCGCCAAUGUAUCCUAUGUCCAGGGUCGGCCUCUGUGCGUGAACGGAACUCCUUGGAUCCUCUAUCUACUGGAUGAAUGCGUACAGAACAUGUCGGAAUACUGGAGCGUAGUUAUUGGAUUAAUAUCAAUGUUCUGCUUCCUGCUAUCCACUGUACCUCAAGUUUAUGAGGCCUAUCGUAAUGGGAAGGUGGAGGAGGCCAUGUCGUUUGGGUUCCUGCUGUUUCUCAUCAGCGGAGACCUGAGCAGCCUCAUGGGCUGUUACCUGACCAAUCAGCUGCCGAUACAGAUAAUCACAGGGGUAUUCUACAUUUUCACUGACAUGAGCCUCAUCUCUCAGUUCCUGUAUUACAAGAUCAAGAACAGUUCCAGCAAAAAGCUUCCUUUCUUGAAGUGGCUGUGUUUCCUGUGGUCUGGCUUGGUCACUCUAGUCCUCCUGGGGCUGCCCAAACUCAUCCUCAGAAACAGCAUCUCAAUCGACUCACAGAGCCCCAAUUACAGCUUGGAGGUCUAUGGCUACACAUGUGGAUACCUGGCCUCUGUCUUCUACCUUUCUUCACGCUUUCCUCAGCUCCACAAAAAUUUUAAGCGGCAGUCCACUGAGGGAACAUCCUACCUGCUUUUUGCCCUGGCCAUGAUGGGAAACAGCACGUACGGGCUCAGUCUGAUGGUGGUCCUCCCUGCCCUCCAGGGGUCCAAGCGAGUAUUCAUCCUCAAACACCUUCCCUGGCUCAUCGGCAGCCUGGGAGUCCUGCUGCUCGACCUCUUGAUAACCGUCCAGUUCAUCAAGUACAGGAAGAACCGUUCCAGCAAGACAGGCCAGCUUAUGAAGGUUUCUGAGGUGGAACCUCUUCUCUGUGAAGAGGAGGAGCUGACCACAGUCUAGAGGGAGAUAGUGGUACAACGUUCAGGACACACAGAACAUUCCAGCACAUACUGACAUUUCAGAAUGCUCACUGUAAAAAAAUAAAGAAAAUAGAUGUAUAUUGAAACAUUUUGUUUUUCUCAACAAAAGAUAACUAACAUACUACCGUAUUUUACGGAAUUGAAGCCGCAUCGUGUACAAACCGCGCCCCCCAUAAUGAGCACUUUGCGUUUGUAAAUUUGAGUAUAAGCCACACCGGAAUUAAGCCGCACUUUAUAAGCAAACAAUGUUGCCGUUGCGCGGACCAAUGCUCACAAUUGAUUGCUUGCACAUUCAUACUGUAGUUGCGGACAGCUUGGAUAGCGAUCUAACUAACAUUCCCAAUCAGGGUGAACACUCAAAUUAUCUAAACUAUAGACCAUAGCAUUACACAUAUCAAAAGAGAACUCCAAACAAUAGAACUCCAAACAAUGCUUAUUUAACUAAGCUAAUGCCCUUAAUUUAGUAGCUUUUCAGCUUGCCACAGGGCGUUCUGGGUACCAAGAGCAAUACACGAGUAUAGGCAAUCUUACAGCAUUGUGUAACUGUUACACACUUCGGUUGUGGAUACUAUGUCCAGAAAUAAAGCCAAGUCACUAAUUUAGUGGCAGAAUCCAUUGUUAUGUCUACAAAAUUAUUUUAGAUAUAUUAUAAGUUUAGCUAUCUUGCAAAUCCUGAGGAUAGCCUACUGUAGCAGACCUUUCUAUGUGACAACGGACAACGGUGUUUUGUCCCUCGGGGUUGCUGUAGACUUGAUGCUGAAAGCAUUACGUGAAAUCAAUGAGGGCGGUUCGAAUGGCGAUGUCAAGAAGAGCAGUGGUAAAAUACAAGUUAUGAAAAGAGACCGCGUCCGUGUCUUAUUGUCCACACGAUCAUAUACAAUUAUAUCUAAAACGAACUUACAAAGAGCUCGGUUAGACUACCAAAGUUGAAUUAGUAAUGUUGUUAGCGAUGCUAGCGUUAUUUUGCUAGCUAGCCUAGCCUAUAACAUUUCACUGGGUCUUGCAGCUGUUUGAUUAACUGAAAUUAUUAUGAAAUGUUAUGUUCUACUAGCCAUUUGCCUACUUUAGCAAGUCACUGUAUUUCCAAGCCCUGAUAGUGUAACUGAGACAACACAGUAAAUAAUUACUCUUUCAAGUAAUAAGCCCCCGUUCAAGUGUUGAGCAUAAAAUUAGCUGCACGGUCUGUAGAGAUCUUGAGACAAAGACACUUUUUUGUUCUAAAACCGGACUAUAAACCGCUUCGAAAUAUAAGCCGCACAAGAAAACGGUAAAAUCGGAGUACAAGCUGCGGCUUAUUUUCCGUAAAAUACGGUAUGUACCAUUUUUUAUGGAGUAUUCAAUAGAAAUCAACCGUUUACCCUAAAUUUGAAUAUGCAACAUUCUAUGACAUUUUCCUAACUGAACAAUAUUAUGUGCAAUUUCAUAUUUGUGCCAUAGACCAACUGUGUCAAGUAAUAUGCUAUAGCAAUGGCACUGAUGCUAAGAUAAUUGUGUUAUUCUGCAGCAUACUGUAGUAAAGUAAUUAGAAUGACUGUUACUUGGUGUCUGUAUAGGGACUUGUAAGUCUCUAAUGUUCCGUCAUCCCUAAGUCUACAAGAGUGUGUGUGUGGUACAGUGUGUGGUGUCCACGGGUCUUCUGAUGACAUGUCUCAAGUGUGCCUUUUCUCUACAGCAAGAACUACAUGUGCUGCAGCCAUAGUUGACGAUUUUGUAUCCUACUUGUAAGUCCACUUACUCUUACAGUGCUGAAGUAUACCUCAAACAGUCCUUGUUAUGUGUUGCUGCUGGCAUACAAUAUGGCUGAUGGAGGCUAGCAAGGUAAGGAACAGCCUUCUUAACAAAGUCUGUCAAUGUUUGACUUAACCAACCAGUUGAAAUAGAACUUGGAGAACCUGUACAGCUGUCUCUACCUCAUCUCAGUAGGUGCUCUUGAUUUACCUGGUCAGGUGUGCCGGGAGAGCAUGCUUUGUUUAGGUCAAAUAUAACCUUUUUCUACAAUGCACUCCUGGGAGGAUGAAUGAAGCACGUAAAGUGUCAUUGUCAGUUUAUGUGAACAUGAAAUAGGACUGAGUAUUUAUAGGUAGUUUAUAGGUUUAUUUUCCCAAUCACAGUGAUGUGAGUCGACACAAGCCAAUCAGAAAACAAUACAUGUGUGUUGUAGAAAGAGUAGGAAGGGUCUGAGCUUAGGGAGCAUUUAAAACUGUACUUCAUUGGUGGCCAAGCCGCGAAGCCACCUUAAGUGUUUCUACCUUUUCUUAUUGGGUGUGCUUACGCCUUCGGCGAGCACAACCAUUGUUCUCUCACAUAUAUAUUUAUUUAUUAUUGUUUAUUUUCGCCCCCCUAAGGAUCAGUCAAUAUUUGGACUACAUAGACAACGCCUGUGUCAAAAUGUUUGUCUUGGUCUCGAUUGCGUUGCUUGUAUUUUUAUGUACGUUCCGUUGCACGGUUUAGGAGGUUACAACGUUUUUGUGGCAAAAAAGUGCCUUUAGUCGACGAAGGGUACUCAGUGCUAUCUACGUCACCACGUCAGCACACGUUAGCAACGACGCAUGGAUACAACGUGCAUAGAUGUGCUGUUGCACAGCGAGUAUCGUAUCGUGCCGUGGUGUACUAGCAGCAUCAUACAUGUACAUUUAAGCAAAUCAAGAUCUGCAUGUACAGUAAGUAAUGUCACAUUAAAGAAUGUAUUUAAACUCAAGCUUGUGUGGUGUGUCGCUGGCUUCAGUGCCACAGCCUAAACUUUAUGUCAAAAGAAACAUGCUCAUUUCCGGCGCUUAAAAACAAUCCCCUCACUCAGUGAAGUUUGGCUAGCCACCGCAACUAGCUUGCUCGUAGCAA